UGAUUGUGCGUGUUUUGGGGACGAGAGAGGAGAGCACAGAGUGAUCACAAUCAAGGCGAAAGUCCGACCGCGGAGGGAGCGCACUUAAAAUCACGUGGGGGGUGUGGAUUUGUAACGGGGGGAGUAAAAGUGUCGACGAAGUGACUUCUCCUCGCACUUUGUUUUGCCUUUCGACCCCUCCGCCCUGCAUUCCGCGGAGCAGCUGUGUUUUAAUGCCCCUGCGCACCCGAGGAGGAGAGGAAGGAGACAAGAGUGAGGAAGAAGAGGAAGAAGAAGAAGAAGAAGAAGUGAGAAGGCCUGGACACCACCCCUCCUCGCCCUCUGGAGGUCUGUCCACUCUCCCCUCCUGGCCCUGCAUGGACGGGGAUGGGGAGAGCCGGAUGCUGUUGCCGCGGGGCUGAGCGCCUCGCCUCCCCGUCUCUGGUGCGCCGCUUCCGGCCACUGCUGCUGCUGAUCAUCGCUCUCUGCUGCGGAGCUCACAUAGGUCAGUGCCAGGUGGCCGCCCCUCAGUGCCGUAUCCAGAAGUGCACCACCGACUUUGUCUCCCUGACCUCCCACUUGACACCGGCCGUGGAUGGCUUCCACACCGAGUUUUGCAAGGCUUUACGCGCAUACUCGGCCUGCACCCAGAGGACAGCCAAGUCCUGCCGGGGGAACCUGGUCUUCCACUCGGCCGUGCUGGGCAUCUCUGACCUCAUGAGCCAGAGGAAUUGCUCGAGAGACGGGCCCACAUCCUCCACACACCCUGAGGUCCAACACGAGCCCUGCAACUACCACAGUCGCACCCAGCACGCCCACGCCCAUCCCCACUUGCAUGCACACACACAUUCCCACGGUCACGGCCAUGGGCAUGGCCACGACCACAGCCACUCUCGGCCCGUCUACCUGUUCUGCGGGCUGUUCGGGGACCCGCACCUGAGGACGUUUAAGGACAGCUUCCAGACUUGUAAGGUGGAGGGGGCGUGGCCUCUCAUCGAUAAUGACUAUCUGUCUGUUCAGGUCACCAAUGUUCCCGUGGUGCCUGGCUCCAGUGCCACAGCAACCAAUAAGAUCACCAUCAUCUUUAAGCCCUACGAGGGCUGUACCGACCAGAGGGUCUACCAGGCUGUCACAGACAACCUCCCUGCUGCCUUCGAUGAUGGAACUGUGAGCAGCGGAGACCCCAUCCACAUUUCUGCUGGUGCAGAAGGUGCAACUGGCAAGGUGCGCGCUCUGUGGAUCUCUGAGCGCAGCCCCGGGCGCCACGUGGAGCUGCACGCUGGCUACAUUGGCGUAACUGUAAUCGUUCGCCAGCUGGGCCGCUACCUGACCCUAGCAGUGCGGAUCCCAGAAGAGCUUGCUCAGGCCUACGAUGCCACCCAGGACCUGCAGCUCUGUCUGAACGGCUGCCCCGGAGGAGAACGCAUCGACCAGGCGGGGCACCUUCCCCUGCCCCUCUCCCCUCCUGCACUCGGCCUGCAGCUUCAGCAGCUGCGUCGGCCCAGCUACUCCUCACAGACACAAGCAUCCCCCUACGGUGCCACACAGGUUUUCAGUGUGGAGGGGGCCAAGGACCGCUGCAGGGAGCAGCUGGAGGUGCAGGACAUUUACUUCCACUCCUGUGUGUUUGAUCUCCUGACCACCGGGGAUGCGAACUUCACAGUGGCAGCAUACAGCGCCCAGAAAGACAUGGAGAGUCUCCACCCACACAGGGAUAGAUGGAGGAUCUACCCCCGUGGCUCUGCCACCUCCACCUUACACUCUGAUUCUCAAGCUGUCAGACGGCUGGCUCUGCUCCUGCUGAGUGCUCUGACCAUGGCGUUGAUGUAAGAGCGGGAGUUGGAGGCUUGUGUAUGUGCGUGCACUAGAGAGAGAGUUUCGGGAGUUUUUUGCUGAGCACUGAUACUGAGCACUGAUUUCUCGCUCAUGUAGAGAGGAAACAGCAGGCUGGACAGUUACUGGGAACAAGUGUUUUUGGCACAGGAGAGACUGGCAACACUAACUGCAUCUGACCUGGCAGAAUCAGCCCUCUGGGGACAAACAUAGGAGAUGUGAUGACGGCUUUCACAAUCUGUCUUCAUCUUUGGAUAAGACACUUGACAAUGACAAAAACAUACCUGGGAGGGUGAGCAGAGUGUGUGGAUAUACACUCCAAACUGUAAAUAGCUUGUCUUCAGUGCACAGUGUAAUGGCGUAGAGUUUGUUUGUGUCAUUUGAUGUGAUUUUUCUUUAAUACCUCAGACAGAGGACGUUUGUUUUAACAGAAGCACUUUAUUAAUUUUUUUUUUUUUUUUAACAAAUCCACAUCAGUGUUUCUUCCUCUCAUUUAAGGUCCUCCGACAACAUCUGCAAUGACUCAAGCUUUGGAGACCUUCUCUAAUUCGAUUUUUGAUCCUUUCAAUGUAAAAGUCUGUUGAAUACAAGGAGCUGCCAUUUUUUGUUAAAAAGCAUCAUUCUUCCAGGAGCUGAUUUGACUCAGCGUCUCAUUUUGAGUCAGUUAAUGUGAGUUGUUCUCUUUUGAAUGUAUUAUUAAUAUUGUCACAGCAAAUGCCAUCAGUACUAUUUUGUUGCUGUACGAAUUUGUUGUUUUUCCUCAGUCCUGAUUUCAAAUAUGCGCGAGUGUGUGUAAAAGUGUGUGUGUGUGCGUGUCAGUGUUUGUUUUGUUUUACCAGUUGGUGACAUGCUUGGAAUUGUUUUAUUCCCUCUGAAUGUGUUCAGAACAAACGCAAAGUGAAUUUUUACCUCAUGUUACUUGUGCAAACGCGGCCGCUGGCCGGUUGCGCUAAUUAACUGGGAAAGGCAGCUCACAUUAAUGUUAGUGCUGACUUGAGUCGCAGUUAAGCACAACCCAUAGCCAGAAUAAAGUAACAAAUGCAUAUUUUCAGAACUUAUCAUGUAGUGCAUGGCUUCGCCCACUUGUUUUUUUGCCCAGAGUUGGCAACAAGUCUUUCCUCCAAUUAUGAUUCAUGGCAACAUCUGGAGAAUCUCAGUGCUGAUAGGCUUUCACCAUGGGUGUAUUACCAUUCGGGCCUACCGGGCCCUUGCGCAGGGGCCCAAGGGCUCAGAGGGGCCAUAGGCCAAAGCUUCUGUGUGAAAUUACUGUUAUUAACUUUACAUUUCUUAACAAAGGACGUAGUUAUUCAUGUUAAUGACAGAAAAACUUAAGAAAUGGACAAACAUUUACUUUGAAUAUAUCGCAAGUAAGAACCCAUCAUGUUACAUUUCAAGUGAGUGUUAAUCCCAUCAGUCUAUCUAUCGCACUUAAACUCUUUGGGGGAAACAACAGCAUGUUGUACCUGCCAGAGGGUUAAUUUGCCUGUGGCUUUCACGAUACAGUCAUGCAAAUUUUUUGCUCAAGUUUAAACAUUUCACUUCGCAUGGACACAUAUUUGCCCCUAUUCACGUAUUUGCAUUGACUUUGUAUGGAUUGACACCGUGCAAAAAAUUUGCUUUGCAUUUGGUUGAACACUUCUUGAGAAUCAUGUCACAGGUAUUCCCACCUGUUUGCCAAGACGCUGUGAUGAUACCGGCUCACGUAUGUUUUCUCUCUGUAUUCUUUGUUGUGUUAAUUUGAGCCAAAGACAGAUAAUGUAUGGUUUUUAUGUACAAAGGAGAUCAUAACUCACCACCAAGCCAGCACCCCUCUCCUCCUCCUCCUCCUCCUCCUCCUCCUCCUCCUCCUCCCCCUCACUACUUUUUUUUUUUUUUUUUUUAAAGUUGCUACUGUAGACUGUUUUACUAACUGCCAGAACUGACGAGCUGUUCGUUACUGGGAUACGUGUAAGAUACUGAGUGUAAACAAAACACAGCAAAUCACUGAGAACCUUACCGCACUGUCUGCUGUGCUUCAGCAGUGUGUUGUGGGAAAUGUAUGCCAUUUGAUAGACACGUCAACCCUCGACACUAUGAGCCUUUUUAAAAUGUAACAUUCUGUAUAAUUAUGCCCAGUUUGUUUUGUCAUAUCAGCUUAAUCUCAGUUUUUGGCAAUGUGAUCUCUUACAUCAUGUGUGAGUGUCAGUUUGGUGACGAGUGACUGGUCAAUGUUGAAAUACUUAACUUAUUUAUGAACGUAGUGUCCUGUAGAGGAAGUUAAGCUCCAUAUUCUUGCUGUUGGAAAAUAAUUUAAAAAAUGUCAGAUGUGAUUGUACUGCCACUUAGUGGUGCUCUGUUGCUAUGUCAGUGUGUUACUCAAGACUCUCAAAAAAAAAAAACAUGGAGGAAAAAAACUGUGUGCAAGUGUUUUAUUUAAAAAACAAUAAAGU